CGGGCCCGGGGCAGCGGCACCGGGACCGCGGCACCGGGACCGGGCCGGGCCAUGGCCCCGCACCCGCCCAGCGCCGGGCAGUACCUGCGCUCCGACAGCGGCGGCUCCGACACCCCGAUGCUGGCCGAGGGUCCCGCUGCCGGGCCCGCUCCCGGUGACUGUCCCGGUCCCGGUGCCGGUCCGGGCGGCGGCCCCGGUGCGGCGCGGGGGCAGCGGCGGCGGCGCUGCGGACCGCUGUGGGGCAGCGUGGCCGUCAUGGCUAUCCUGGCGCUGCAGAUCGCCUCCACCACCGGCCUCUUCGUCUACUUCACCAUGGCCAUCUCUAAGCUGAAAUCCCAGGCUCCGGGCAGCGCAGAGGAGCUGCGGUGUCUGCAGGCGCUCAACCAGCAGCUCGAGGGUUCCAGCCUGGAGAAGCUGAGCAGCAGCCAGGGCUGCCUCAAGCUGGCCAGCACCAUCAAAGCCUAUGUGGACUCGGUGACUGAGAACAUCAUCCGCAGGAGUGUGGUGAAGGAGGCCUGGCGGAGCUACUUCAACACCUCAGAGGGGCAACGUCCUCCCAGAAUAACUGGGAAACCCUCAGCACAUCUCACCCUCCGCCCACAGAGCCUGGCUCAGGAUGGACGCUCCCAGCGCUCCGGGAACCUGUCCCAGUCGUGCCGCCACGCCAUCACGCACUGGGGGCACAGCAGCCUCCUCUCGCACGUGCAGAACAUGACGUACCGCGCCGGGCGGCUGCGCGUGGAGCAGCCGGGCAAGUACUACGUGUACUCGCAGAUCUACUUCCGCUACCGCGGCGCGGGCCGCGACUCGGGCCCUCAGCUCGUGCAGUGCAUCCAGUGGCAGCCGGCCCACAGCCCGCCCGUGCUGCUGCUCAAGGGCGUGGGCACCAAGUGCUGGGCGCCCGAGGCUGACUACGGGCUCCACGCGCUCUACCAGGGCGGACUCUUCGAGCUCAAGGCCGGGGAUGAGCUCUUCGUCUCUGUCUCCUCCUUGGCCAUCGACUCCAACGAUGCAGCAGCCAGUUACUUCGGGGCCUUCCGGCUCGACCUGUGACAGCCCCUCCGCUCCCACCCGGCCCCGGGACAGCGGCAACACCCCGGGGUGGCGCAGGGCUCUCAUGGCUGCGCUGUCCUUCGUGGUGAGGGAUGAGCCAAGAAGGGCACAGGGCAGCUGCUCCCCGGGGGAGGCAGCUGUGAACCAGGAAGGGUCUCGGAGGGCCCACAGGGGACAUGCACAAGGAGGGACAUCCUAGCCCUGGUGGCACAGCACCUCACAACGGCUCCCCGCAGCAGGAAAGGCACCAGGGUCACAUCUGCCACUGCAAGACAAAGUGUCCCCGUGGCAGGGUGACACCCGUGAGUCUGACCCCACCUUGGGCAGGGCUGUGGGUGCCAGGACCGGGGGCUGGAAGCAUCCUGGGGCACACCUUGUGGGGAUGGGUGCAGUGUCCGCUGCUGGAAGGGAAUGAAGGAGUUUCAGUUUGGGAGAUGAAAGCCUGGGGCAACAGCACCAGUGGUUGCAAGGAGGGCAAAGGGCAGGACCGUGACACCACAGCAGCCACCAGUCCUGGCACCACACCAGGCACGUGGCACUGGGGCACGUGGUGACCGAGCCAGGCUGCACAGGACCAGGAGCUCAGCGUGGCUGCUGACCCAGCACCCCUUCCCAUGUGGAUUUUGUCCCUCCCAGCCCUCAUGGACAGCACAGUCCCCACUUCCUCACACCUCCAGCCCUGGCAACCCCUGCAGGAUUCCAGCUCUGGAUGGGCUCCGUGGUCACAGCAAGACCUUGGAGGGACCAAACCAGCCCUUGGGUGAUGUGAUGGAGCCACUCCAGAGGCCAAAGGUGGGUUCAGGCAGGGCAGAGCAGGGCCCAGCUGGCUCAGCCCCCUUUUCCAACUCCCCCUGUACUCUCUGUAUCCUACUAAGCCUGGGGGGAUUCACACAGUGGCAGCAUGGGCUGCCACGGGCAUGGGGCUCCCAGGGAGGAUGGAAUAAAGCCUUGUACUCCAGUA